AUGCAGCACGUCCCACUUCUUAAAACCAAGGAAACAAUACGAAUGAGAUUUCUUGUCAAAAUCUUGUCGAAUCUUUGUCUUCCAGCGAUGCUGCUGCUGCUGCGGCUGUGUUUUUUUCUGACAUCAGGACUGGUCACUGGUUACCGUAGUCCUCUGAAUGACUUCCAGCGCUCAGAGGGGCGGGAACUGGUACCAACUUCAUGGAACUCAGCCCACGUUCUCACCCUGUCGGUUCUCAACUUAGAGGAAUGCGCAUCCCACUGCUCUAAUUCACUGGAUUGCAGAGCAUUCAACUAUGAAACACGACCGACGGCCACGUGUAAACACCUGCCCUGGGUCGGUGAUGGCAGGAACGCGGACGUGAAGCGCAACGUCAACUGCGACCUUUACGAGAAGAAGGUCUACGUCCGCAAGUGCAUUGUGGGUAAAGGGGAGGACUACCGGGGGAAGGUUUUCACCACACGAAGCGGACUCACUUGCCAGCAGUGGUGGUCCAAGUUCCCUCACGAUCACAGGUGGACUCCGUUACCCAACAACGGCUUGGAGUUGAACUACUGCCGGAAUCCUGAUGGAGAUCGCAUCGGGCCUUGGUGUUACACGACUGAUCCCGAGCGGCGUUAUGAGAGCUGCAGCAUCCCUCAGUGCAAGGAUGAAGUGUGCAUCACAUGCAAUGGCGAAGACUACAGGGGGCAGGUGGACCACACCGUAAGCGGCAAGGAGUGUCAACGCUGGGACCAGCAGUACCCUCACCAACACAUCUACCAGCCUGAAAAGUACCCCGACAAGAGUCUAGACGACAACUACUGUCGUAACCCUGACGCUUCACCAGUGCCAUGGUGCUACACCACCGACCCCAACGUAGAGCGAGAGAGCUGCGAGAUCAGCAAGUGCACCGAAGUGCGCGUAGAAAAGCGUCAACGCUCCAGCUUCACUACCAACUGCUUCCGUGGGCGUGGUGAGGACUACCGCGGUAGAGUCAACGAGACCACGUCGGGCAUUCCCUGCCAGCCCUGGGACGCGCAGUAUCCUCACGAGCAUCCCUUUUACCCCAACACAUAUGAAUGCAAGGGCUUGGAGGAGAACUACUGCCGUAACCCGGACGGCUCCGAGGCCCCGUGGUGCUUCACAUCUUUGCCAGAGAUGAGGACAGCGCUCUGCCUGCAGAUAAAACGCUGUGCAGACGACAUCGACGCAGAGGAUUGCUAUCAUGAAAAUGGAAGAAACUACCGCGGCAUGGUGCGCAAAACUCGCAAAGGCAUCACCUGCCAAAAGUGGAACGUGAACACACCUCACCACACCAAAAUAAACCCUAAAACGCAUCCUGAGGCCAACCUGACUGAGAACUACUGUCGUAACCCAGAUGGGGACCAACACGGUCCCUGGUGCUACACCAUUGACCCUAAAACAGAGUUUGACUACUGUGCCAUCAAGCAAUGCGCUGGAGAAAGAGUACCCCUCACAGAAGCAGUAGAGAAGGUUGAGUUCAGCGAGUGUGGGAAAAGAGAAGACCGCUUCCAGAGUACCAGGUUACGCAUCGUAAACGGCAUUCCUGGGAACUCGCCGUGGACAGUUAGCUUAAGAGACAGGAAAGGAAACCACUUUUGCGGGGGCGCCUUGGUGGACGCCAGAUGGGUGAUCAGCACAAAGCAGUGUUUCUCUUCCUGCUACGUGGAUCUGCCUGGCUACUCGGCCAUGAUGGGUACUUUGUUCCGUGACCCGCAGGACGGUGAACCCGGCGUGCAAACCAUCCCUCUCACUAAGAUCGUUUGCGGACCCUCCGAGUCGCAGCUGGUCAUGCUGCAGCUGGAAUCCCCGGCUCAGUUUAACGAGCGCGUCUCUCAGAUCUGCCUGCCUCCCGAACGUUACAUCGUGGCCGAGGGGACCUUUUGUGAGAUCGCAGGGUGGGGCGAGACCAAAGGCACUGGAGAUGAGACCGUCCUCAAUGUUGCACAGAUACCGGUUCUCAGCAAUAAGGAUUGCAACAAAUACUUCCGAGGUCGAGUUCGAGAGAAUGAGAUGUGCACCAGCUCCUUCCAGGGAGGUGUGGGAGCCUGCGAGAGAGACUAUGGUGGUCCAUUGGCAUGUCAGAACCACGACUGUUGGGUCUUAGAGGGUGUGAUCAUCCCUAUGAGGCGCUGCGGGCACCCGGGCCAACCCAGCAUUUUCAUCCGCGUGUCGGUCUACGUGGACUGGAUCAAGAAGGUCAUGGGCUUUGCUUAA